AUGGUGGUCUCACACAUUUCUUUGGUAAUUGUCUUGCACGUUUCUUUGGUAGUAGUCUUUCACAUUUCUUCAGUUGGAUAUGUGGGUGGUCUUUUAUGUUUCUUUGGUAGUUGUCUUGCAUAUUUCUUUGGUGGUUGUCUUGCACGUUUUUUCAGUAGUGGUCUUGCACGUUUCUUCAGUUGGAUAUGUGGUCUUUCACAUUUCUUUGGUUGGAUAUGA